CCUUCUAUCUUCUUGCUAUUUCUAUACAAUUGAUCAGCAAUUAACGAGUACGAUAUAGCUGCUGAUGAUGGGAGAUGGCAGGGAAUAGGGUUCGGGGAAGUAACCUUAUAGUUUCCAUUAGCGAGAUGGUUUGUGUAGGGUUUUUUUGCCUUCUUUUCUAGUAUGCUGCGCUGUGUUGAGUAGAGGAAGAAGAAAGUAGAAGAAAAGUGAUUGACAAUGCAUUGCAAUGCACAUGUAUCUAAGAAUAAGAAAUUCACAGACAAGCGCAUGAUAAUCGCAAGAGGCAUAAAAGAUCAGUCCACAGAGCGUUAGGCAGCGCGAGUCGGACUGUGACAAUGCGGAUCGGUCGGAUGGCUGACGUCACCUUUGGCCUUCCUCACCUUCUGACGUCAACUUCUGCCCGUCGUCUCCUGCUGCUUCUGUCGCUGAUACCACUAACAGCUCCUUCUUCUACUUCUUCUUCUACUGCUAUCAAGACCAUCUACUAUCGAGCAGUGUCUUGGUUGUCUCGGGACAUCAGCUGGUCAGGCGUGCAGGGCAGCAGACGCAUCACAUGACCUUCAAGCCGCUCGCCACGCGGCAUGAAUUGAGUUUAGCAAAUAAUAAAGUUUAGUAAAUAAAGUUUAAAGAAG